GUUUAUUAACAUUACUUUAAAUAAUUAUUUCUGAGUUACGUGUCAACAGCGAACAAUAAAAAAAAUUUUAAUCGGAAAUUGUAAAAAUGGGGAAACGACAACAGUCUCAACCAGCAAAAAAAAAGUGUUGCGUUCAAAAGUGACUGAUAAAAUUACAAAAAAAAAGGUUCGGAAACUUAAAUAUACCCCAAUUGAUGUAGAAAAUGCUUUAAAAGCCAUGAAAAAUACUGGGUUGUCACUACGGAAAGCAGCCGUUACUUUCGGAGUGCCUUUGGCUACUUUAGGCAGGAAAAAAAGUAUUGGGCCAGACGAGAUAAAAAAAAAAUCAGGACCAGAAACAGUAUUAUCAUCUCAAGAAGAAGAUCAUAUUGUCAAAUGGGUGCUGGACAGGGCUGCAAUGGGAGCACCUGUAACAAAAACUGAGUUAUUGGAUUGUGUUAAAAAAUAUGUCCAAAAAUUAGCCAAAAAAACUCCAUUCACAGAUAAUCGUCCAAGUCGCCAUUGGUAUGAAGGGUUUAGAAAACGUCAUCCAGAAUUAUCUAUAAGGAAACCCCAACAUUUGAGUGUUAGUAGAGCAGCUGUCAGCUGUGAAGAACUGCAAGAGUGGUUUAAAAAGUCUGGAGCGUAUUUAGAAAGUAAAAAUUUAUCUAAAAUUUCUCCAACAAGAAUUUUUAACUGCGAUGAAAGCAGCUUACUUCUGUGUCCUGAUGCAGAGAGCGUGUUGGCAGAAAAAGGAUCACGUGCAGUUUACAAAAUUGUUGAUGGUGGCAAAGAAGCGCUGACGGUUCUUUUCAUGUAUAGGGCUGAUGGAGUUCGUGGUCCUCCGAUGUUAAUGUACUCUUUUAAAAAAACUGUGCCUAAAAAAAUAGUGGAUAAUACUCCCACAGGAUGGGGUAUUGGACUAUCGGACAACGGUUGGAUGACCACAGAAACUUUUUAUGAGUAUAUCACGAAUGUAUUCUACCCAUGGCUUGUAGAACAGCAGACAGAGUUUCCUGUUGUUUUAUAUAUGGAUAAUCACUCUUCGCACCUUAAUUUGCCGUUGGUGUUCUUUUGUAGAGAGAAGCAGAUAGAACUGGUCAUGUUACCUCCCAAUUCUACCCACAUAAUGCAACCUUUGGAUAUUUCAUUUUUCCGUCCUUUUAAAGACUCAUGGAAAAAAUGUGUGCUUAAGUGGAAAAACCAAGAAGGCGUUGCACAAAUUAAGAAAGAAAAUUUUCCUCUUGUUCUAAAGUUCACUUCAGAUAACAUGAAGAACGAAAAAAAUGUCGUAGUUAGUGGUUUCAAAGGGUCAGGAUUGUACCCGUUUGAUCCCAAGGUAGUAGACUACGAUAUUUUACAAAAGGGAAAAAAAUCAAAAGGAGAAUAAUUUGGAUUCAGAUAUUAGUGAAGAUAAACAAUUCUUAUUAAAAUUUGAAAAAAAUUUACAACCAGAUACACUUUCAGAAUUCCAAAAUGCAGCAGCCAGCGGAUUAUGGAUUGGAGACGUUGAAAAGAAGGAAUUAUUCGAGUACUGGCUCACAAUUUCGAAAAACACGACGAAUGUUUCAAGUAAACAACUGAAUAGUAUAGAUAAAUGAGAAAA